AUGGCUUCACAGAUCUCGACGAGCUCUCCUUCUCCAUUCCCUCAUGGCGUUUUCCUACCUAAUGGCCUCAAUACCGAUCCUCCCCUCCCAGCUAAUGACCCGACCAUCGGCUACAAACUCAACCAUUUCAUGCUACGGAUCCGAGAUCCCGAGAAAUCGCUCCAUUUCUACAUCAAUCUCAUGGGAAUGCGGACCGUUUUCACCAUGAAUGUCGGUCCUUUCACCAUCUACUACCUAGGCUACCCUCACACGCCGGAACAUCGCGCAGAUUUAAAGUCAUUCGGUCUCGACACGUCUAUCAAUUUACAACAUACUCUCGGUCUUUUGGAACUAUACCACGUCCACGGCUCCGAGAAACAGGGAGAGGGUUAUUACCAGACUGGCAACUCUCCGCCGAACUUGGGCUUUGGCCAUUUGGGGUUCACCGUACCCAGCGUCCCAGAAGCUUUGAAACGGUUAGAGGACAACAAAGUCGAGGUCAUUAAGCCUCAGGGCGUAUCGACGCGAGAUUCAAUUCCUAUCAGUGAGUGGGAGAAUGAGCGCGGUGUCGGUGUGGAAGUGAAGGGUACGGAGAGCGAAAUUCAUCAUGAGUAUCGCAAAGCAUUUGACCAGAUUGCUUUUGUGAGAGAUCCGGACGGAUAUAUUGUCGAAUUAGUUCCGCAGGCGGUCGACCCUCUUGAUCCAUGA